AGAAUCACUGAGCGAUUCCACGAAUUUCAUUUCAUUUUCGCCCUCUACACAAAAAUUGGGAUUUGGGAUUGAGAAUUUGGAAUUGGUGAAGAGUGCGAGAGAGAGAGAGAAUGGGUCUGGUGUGGUUGGAAGCGAUGCUGCCACUGGGAAUUAUAGCAGGGAUGCUCUGCGUUAUGGGGAAUGCACAGUAUUACAUCCACAAGGCUGCUCACGGCCGCCCCAAGCACAUUGGGAACGACAUCUGGGAUGUGGCUAUGGAGAGACGUGACAAGAAGAUCAUCGAGAUGCUCUCUUCGCCUCCCGCUUCCAACUGAUUUAGGUGACCUAGUUCUUGUGCUUUAGAAUGAAUAAUGAGCAAGCAAGAGGCCGAAGACUUCUUUAUGAAAUCUUUCAUAUUUGUACCAUUCUGUUUGUGAAGUUGUACAAGAACUAUGGUGAUAUUGACCUGGCUUAUAAUUAAUAUGUAAAAUGCAUCUAUUUUAAAUUUGUACGACAUCAAAAUAUGUUUUUUAAAAGACAAUGUUGAUUGGCCAUGCUCUGAUUAUGGAGAAAUGAGUUCUUCUAAA